AUGGGGGGUGCGGGUUGGACCAGGCAGAGCCAAAGAGAUUUCAGCUCCUUUGUCAUAAGCUCAAGACUGAUAGAAAUUCCCUUCAAAACGGGGGAGUUGACAUGGACCAACAGGAGGAGUGGCUUCCUUAAUAUAGCUGAAAGAUUGGACAGGUUUUUUAUAGCUGGAGAUUGGACGGAGAGCCAUUGGGCCAAUGAAGCUGAGAUUUUACUUAUCACGGGAUCAGACCAUUAUCCCAUAUGCCUGAGAAUUCAAGAUGACAAUGCUCCAGAGAGAUGUCCUUUCAAAUUCGAGGCAAUGUGGCUUUGGGAUAUUAGCAUUAGAAACCUUGUUGAACAAUGGUGGAAGCAUAAGCCGGAUAAUCCAGGUAAUAAAGCUUUCAUUCUUUUAAAAAAACUUCAGUUUUUAAAAGAACAAUUUAAGAGGUGGAACAGAGAAUCUUUUAGGAAUAUCCUUAAAGAGAAGGUAGAUUUAGAAGAGGGCUUAAAAACACUACAUGAACAAAUCAUCAGUCAAGGGAUGGAUGAAGAUCUUUAA